GCCAAUAUUAGGGUUUUAUAAAGUGUAUUGGUUCUUCCAGCUUCAGUUCCAAAGAUUUGGCCUGAUCAAUGGCAUCAGGUUGUAGUUAUCACUUCCCACAAGACCUUAUCUUCGAAAUACUUUCAUAUUUACCCGUGAAAUCACUGCUCCGGUUCCGUUCAGUUUGCAAGUCAUGGCUAUCCAUAAUAUCGGACCAACAAUUUAUCGAUACUCACCUCACCAAUUCUCAGAAAAAACCAGCCACCCUUGUCCUUCUUGACAGAAAAUUUUAUCAUCUCUAUCUCGAUACUCUCGAAGAAUCUGUCAGGCUCCAUGUUACACUUUGGGUUAGGUGGAUAUGUUCUUGUAAUGGUCUUGUUUGUCUUGUUGAACAAUGUGCUAAUGUUGUGUACUUAUGGAAUCCUUUGAGCAGGCAGUUGAAAAAACUUUGUGUGUUUCCGGAAGGACGAGGGGAAGCAAUUGAUUUCGUAUUUGUUUAUGAUUCUACUUGUGAUGACUACAAGCUUCUUAGGUUUUCAGUUGAGUUUAGGUUAACAUUUGGAGCUGAUUAUUGUGAUGACCUAAUAGCAGAUAUGUAUUCUUUGAAAACUGGUAAUUUCAAAGAGCUCAAAGUUCCUGCAGACCUGGGGAAUAUAGAGCUUUACACAAAUUCAAAGUGUGUUCAUGAUCUCAAAACCGGGGUAUUAUAUUUUGAAUGUGCUUAUGAAUUACUAUCAUUUGAUUUGGAUAAAGAGGUGUUUAGAGCAUAUCACUAUCCCUUACCGGAGGACGUGCAGUAUCCAAUAUCAGAUGUUUUGGAUUUUGAAGGUUCUGCUGCAGUGAUCUUUAAGGCCGUCGAUGGAUCAGGUCUUAGUCUAUGGACGUUGGAUAAUGUUUGUGAUGACAAAGUGGCUUGGACUAAGAAGUUCAAUUUUGAGGGUGAUGUGAAGAUAGAUUGGGUAUAUAUUUAUCUGGGUGCUGGGCAAUUUGUAGCAAAAGCUGAUGAUGGACACAUCUUUUAUGACUACAAAAAGAAAGAUGUCAAGAAGCUUCUUUCACCCGCUCCUGUUGGAUGGUUCAGUUCACUUGUCAAGUACACCGAGAGCCUUGUUUCACCCGAAGGUUUUCAAGAAUUUGAGCUUCUAAAAUAAAUUGGUAUGCAAUAGCUGUCUAAUUUCUGGUAUUACUGUGGCUGUCGCGUAUUUAUGUUUAGUAUAUGUCAUUUGCUCUCCUGAGAGCCUUGUUUUCAAUUAAAUGAAGUACGAGAAGCAACUAAUUAGCUAUUUUUGCUUUUGAAUGAAGUUUUUCAUGGAUAUGGUUGCGGAGGUAUUACUUGUGAAUUGUGAUUUCAGUACAUGAAUAAUUGUUCUUUUUUAAAUUCUGAGUUCUAGCUUACAGAUUGACUAUCAUUUUCUAUAAAUUUAGAUAGCUACUAUCCGUCUAAUUAUCUUUGUUUUAAGUUCCGUCCUUGAAUAAGUCAUGAAUUAGUUAUGUCCUCUGUUACAAACAGAAAAGUUUAUGGGGAUUGAUAUAGAUUAUAAUCUUUAAUUUUAAUAACAGACUCUUAGUAGAGUAGUUAAUUAGGAGUUCGGGGGAUAAAGUGAGCCCAAAAAUAAAAAAUGGUGUAAGCGGCAAAUGUGAAAACAAGGUGGUUAGGGGUGGUAGUAGACUCCAGUAAGCAGAGCAAGACAGGGCAGUAUCCAGACGCUUAUGGUGACUUAAGCGAGCUUCGUAUAGUAUAUUGGUUAAAGGCGAAGUUCAAGCACUUAGUACUGCAAGACACCACAAAAAUCAAAAUCUAGGACACUAAGGCCAAGGAUGCCAUUUAUGUUGAAGAGAAGUGAAACAGUCAGUGCAGAGUUCUCUUGAUUGCUACCUAUUGAGGAAGCUGAUGCAUUAAGACAACCAGGGAUCAUAGUUUAUAUGUGGCGUAGUCGAGCUUUAUGAAUACACUGCAGGUUUAGUAUUGUAGGCAACUCAUCCGCAAUCAGGAACCGGCUUAAGGAAA